GAUGAAACACUCAUCCACAGACAGCGUUACCCCUAGGCACAGUGACUCUUGGCCUGCUCAUAAAUAAAACACUGGAUAAGUUAAAAAAACAUUCGGGAGUUUGACUUUCAACAUCAAAUUAAAAAAAACCCUCUCAAUUAACAGUUUUUAAGUAUCAUACAUGAGUUCUGCAUAAUAUAGUCAAAUAAGACUCAAAUAAACAUAUUAGGGAACAAAAACAUACUUUAAAAGUGUGUGUGUUCUAUUAUCCAGCCUAAAACUUAAACAAUCCAGAAAACUGGGAAGAAACUGCAUUGCAGCAGCGUUAAGAUAACUUUAAACCAUACGGGAAACAAUGAGACGUGUCGCGUACAAGGGGGACGUUGAUGGUGAAAUGGGAUACACGUGACUAUUGAACACAUAAACAUUGCAAGACCUGUGCAAUGCAGUACCGUAUUAAAUAUUCAAAACGUGUCAACGUGUCUUCCUUCUCAAAUAAGGACCGGUGUGGAAUUUAUCCCAGCUGGCGGCUCCGAGCAACCUGCAGAAAUUCCACAUUUCCCUGGCGGGGCGGAAUCUCUCCGUAGGAUGAUCACGAUUGACUUCGCAAAGAGUGGUGCUACAGUGUCGACCUCUGACGGAUGAUUAUGGUGAUGAUGGGCAUUGCGUGAUGGUGACUAACGUAAACACGUGUUGCGUGGUAUUAUGCACAGACUCACUGUGCUGUGGAGCACGUGUUUCGCGUUUGCAAAUCGCCCUCUCGAGGCUUUGGGUGCCGCGCUCUGCCGUAGAGGCGGGGUUAUCGGGUCACCAUGGCCGCGCCUGUGUGAGUGAGGAGCAUUGUGGCCUCCUCGCGUCUCUCUUGUAAUCUUGUCGUCAUCUGUCUCCUCGUGUCUCGGUGUAUCAGUCUUCCCGUCUGCCAUUGCCCCCUCCCGCCUGUCCCUUCUUGUCCGCUUCCCUCUGCUGCAGUGGCCGUCUCCACGUGUCUCUGCGCCCCCUUCUCCCCGUGUCUGUGAUCUUGUCACUUUCUCCUCUGUUCUCACUGCCUCUGUCUCUUCGUAUGCCAGCGUCUCCCGGUGGCCUGUUUCCUCUUGCUCAUCCUGUUCUUGUCUCACUGUCUCCUCGUAUCCUCGAGAGGAACCACAAGCUUUCUCCUCCCUUCAGACCCUUGCCUCGUCCGGUUGUCAUCAGCUCCCUGCCGCCGCCCCCCGUGCCCCCCCUCCCCCCGCUGUCUUCUUUGGCUCCCUGUAGUCUCCUCCACGUCUCCCCCUGUCCCUUUGUCUCGUCAUCUCCCGCCCGGCCAUGCUGCUGUCUUUGGUGGUCCACACGCACUCGCUGCGCUACUUGGCCCCCGCGGCCGUGAUGCUGGGCUCGGCCCCAGCCUACGUCUUGUGUUGGGCGGUGGGGCGCGCCCUGCUGCUGCUGGGGCCCGGCCGACUGCGGCGGCGCCUCGAUGACCGCCUCUACGACCUCUACCAGAGCCUGGUGCUGCUCUUCUUUGAGAACUACACGGGGCUGGAGGUUGUCCUCUAUGGGGAUCUACCUUCUGAAAAGGAAAAUGUGAUUUACCUGUCCAAUCACCAGAGCACAGUUGACUGGGUUGUGGCAGACAUGCUGGCAGUGAGGCAGAAUGCUCUGGGGCAUGUGCGCUAUGUGCUCAAGGAUGGACUGAAGUGGCUGCCCCUCUAUGGAUGGUAUUUUUCUCAGCACGGCGGAGUUUACGUGAAGCGCAGGGACCACUACAAUGAGAAGGCCAUCGAGAGGAAGCUGAAGGCUCAAAUGGAGGCACAAAUCCCGAUGUACUUGGUGAUUUUCCCAGAAGGAACUAGGUACAACCCAGAGGCAGCAAAUGUUAUUGAAGCCAGCAAAGCAUUUGCAAACAAGGAAGGCUUGCCCGAGCUGAGCCACGUGCUGACUCCGCGUAUCAGGGCCACGCACGCUGCCCUCAAUGCCAUGAGCGACCACUUGCACGCUAUAUACGACAUCACCGUGGCGUACGAGGGCACGCUUGAUGCCGCCGGGCGACGCAAGACAGCCCCCAGCAUGCCCGAGUUCCUGUGCUGCGAGUCUCCGCGUGUCCACAUCCACUUUGAGCGCAUUGACAUCCAGGAAGUGCCACACGAGCCUCAUUUCUUCAAGCUCUGGCUGCACGAGCGCUUUGAGAAGAAGGAUAAGCUAAUGGCUGACUUUUACGAGCGAGCGGCCAUGAAAGGAGGCGAGUGGGGCUUCCCCGGCAGCCCCAAGGCCUCCCGCCUGCGCCUUCGCCGUACACUGCCAUCGGCCGUGUUCCUGGCCACGCUCACUCUGCCCAUGCUGCUCACGGAGACGGGGCGCUCCAUCUACUGGAGGACCUGGCUGUAUGGGACGCUGCUGGGCUGGGCAUGGGUGGCAGCAUGUCCUUGAGGCAGAAAUCGCUGCCCCCUCUCCUCAUACUGCAGGUUUGAGUCCAGGGCAUGGCUACGUGCAUUGAGUGAUGCUGCUCAAUGAUGAUGUAAUGCUUUCAGGUGAAACAGUCAUUGGAAUGGAGCUCUCUUAUUCACAUUUUAAAGGCGACAUUUGGAAUGUGAUUUGUUUAUGUGUGGAUGUGUUGUAAUGAAUGCAUCAUAAAUUACAAUAAGUAAAGUAUGCUUGAUACUGGUUCUAAAACUGCAAUGAAAACUAUUGCAAGCAUUUUGAUUUAAAGUUUUCGUGACUGCAGUAAUUCAUAUUCUUAGCUCUUUCGGUAAAGUCACGUUGAAG